GAAGGUCUCCGAUGGACGUCAAAGAACUCGUGACGCAACAUCAAGUGUACAUCAGUUUCCGAGGAUCUGAGUCGCGCCACGGCUUUGUCAGCCAUCUAGUGAGAAAUAUGAAAAGAGCAGGAAUCAACGUCUUCAUAGAUUCGGAUUUGCAGAGGGGUGAAGAUCUUGAGAAUCUCUGGAAGAGGAUCGAGGAAUCGAGAGUCGCACUGGUAAUCUUAUCGAGUGGCUACUUGGACUCGAACUGGUGUUUGGACGAGCUGGUAGAGAUCAUGAAACUCGUGAAGGAAGGCAAACUCGUCGUCAUUCCCAUCUUCUUCAAGGUGGACGUGCGACGCUUGAAGGGGGAUUUGGGUAACAAGUUCAGGAAUCUGGAAAGGGCUUCUCCGGAAGACCGGAUCACGAAAUGGAAGGACGCCUUGGAGUAUGUUGUAAGAAAGAUGGGGCUCACGUUGGAGCCGCAAAGAUCAGAGGCAGAUUUCAUUGAUACAAUCGUUGAAGCAGUCAAAAGAACGCUAAUCGGCGUCUCAUCAGAGGAUGGUCGCGUCGAUAUUUCCCGAGGAAAAGGAGAAAACACUGAGAUGGAACAAUGGCUCAAGCAACUGGAAGAGAAGUUAGAGUUUCAACAGGACACAACUCGUCUGGUUGGAGUUGUUGGCGGCCAUGGUAGAAUACAACUUGUGAAGGAGCUGUUCAAAAAGUGGGAAAACAAGUUCCAGAGUGGCGUGCUUCUUGAAAACGUUGAUAAAAUGUGGCAGGAAUAUGGGUUGUGUUAUUUGCGGAUGAUGCUCCUCGAGAAGUUACUCACGCAUCUGAAAAUUAGACCUUCAACUACACAAGAGAAUGACCAGCUCGAGCUGAAGGUUCUGGUUGUUCUUGAUGGCGUGAGUGACAAGACACAGAUAGAAGUUCUUCUCCAGAAUCACAAGUGGAUUAAGAAAGGAAGCAAGAUUGUUAUUACUACCAGCGACAAGUCACCGGUUGUGGGACUCGUUGACGAUAUCUAUGAAUUAUGCGGAUCAAACUUUACCAAUGAUGACCAGAGUUAUCAUGUCUGUGCUCCCAAAGGACAUAUGACAAAACCAUCGAUGGGUGGGAAAGGCGAAACUCACCAAGAAAGGAAGCAGGCGAUACCAGAGGAGGUGAAUGAGUUGCAUAUGAGAAAAACAGAUCACAUCUCUGUCUUUUUCUGCAGUGACAAACAGGAAGCAGAUGAGGCAUCUUUCAUGGAAGACAUCUUGAGAGAGUUGCGGAAGCAUAGUAUUACUCCUUUGACAUAUAGUCUAACCGGCAGAAAGAUCCUGAACUUGGGUAUGCAACGCAGAUUUGGUGUUGGUAUUAUAAUUUUCUCAAACAACUAUGCUUUCUCCAGAGAAUGCCUUGAUCAACUCGUGACGAUCAUGGAGCACCGAAAAGCCAACGACCUUCUGAUUAUUCCCAUUUAUUUUAAAGUAACACCUUCAGACAUUAGGGAAUGUCAAGGCAGUUUUAAAGAGGCAUUUUUGCAGCUUGCAAAUUCAUACCAGGCAGAACAAGUUCAUAAAUGGAGGACAGCUAUUAUCGAAACAGCUUCUGUGGAUGGAUAUGAAUGGACAAAGGGGAACCAUUUUACGCUUGUCAAAAAGAUUGUGAGAAAUGCCUGCUUGAGGCUAUAUUCUAGAACUAGCGAGAACCUUACCAACAUCUUGUCUUUGCUAGAGCACUCCCAGACUUCAGAUAUGCACACUGUUGGAAUUUGGGGUAUGGCUGGAAUAGGCAAGACAACCAUAGCUACUGAAAUUUUUGAAAUACUAGCUCCACGGUAUGACUCGUGUUACUUUCUGCAAGAUUUUCAUCAAUCAUGUCAGAAGAAAGGGCUGAACAGUUUGCGUGAUGAUUUUUUCUCAAAAAUAUUUGGAGAAGAGAACCUCGGUAUGGCCGCUUCUAGUAUAAAACCAAGUUUCAUGAGGAACAUGUUCCAACAUAAAAGAGUGCUUAUCAUUUUGGAUGAUGUGAGUAAUGCCGGAGAUGCUGAAGCUUUAGUUGGAGGGUUUGGUUGGCUUUCGCCUGGACACAUGGUCAUCCUGACCUCUAGGAACAGACAAGUUCUCAUACGAUGCAACGUCGAAGAGCCAUACGAAGUCCUAAGGUUAUCAGAGUAUGAAUCUUUUCGCCUUUCCAAGCAGUAUUUGACAGAAGAAACUUAUCCGAUCUCGGAUAUCAUGAACUACGCCAAUGGCAUCCCGUUGGCUCUCCUAGUUUCAUGUUCAUCCUCAUCAAAGCAGCAGACAAAUAAUAUGAGAGAACAUGUGCAGGAAUUGAGGAAAAAUCCUCCACCUGAGAUUCAGAAAGCGUUUGAAAGAAGCUUUGAUGGACUAGAUGAAAAUGAGAAGAACAUAUUUCUUGACCUUGCAUGUUUUUUCAGAGGGGAGAACAGAGAUCAUGUGGUUCAACUACUCGAUGCUUGUGGUUUCUUCACGGAUUUAGGAAUAUGUGGUCUCAUUGAUGAGUCUCUCAUUACCCUUUUACACGAUAGGAUAGAAAUGCAAAUUAUCUUUGAAGACAUGGGCCGCUUUGUUGUUCUCAAAGAAGACAAAGAGCCAGGUAAGCGUAGCAGAUUGUGGGAUGCUGAUGACAUUGCUGAUGUAUUGACAAGUAAUUCAGGGACAGAAGCAAUUGAGGGCAUAUUCCUGGAUGCGUCGAAUUUGAGAUGUGAGUUUCAUCCUACUGUAUUCAACAGCAUGUACAGUAUUAGAUUGAUAAAGUUCUACUAUUCCACUUCUGGCAACCAGUGCAACCUUUGCCUGCCUCAAGGCCUCGAGUCUCUGCCCGAUGAGCUGAGGCUUCUCCAUUGGGAAAAUUACCCUCUAAAAUCCUUGCCUCAGGAAUUCAAUCCUGAGAACCUUGUUGAGCUAAACCUGCCUCAUAGCGAAAUCGAGAAUCUAUGGGAAGGGACAAAGGAUCUCGGGAAGCUAAAGAUGAUCAGAUUAAGUCACUCCCGACAACUAAGUAAAAUCCCAAAGCUUUCAAAGGCCUUGAACCUUGAGCAUAUCGAUGUUGAAGGAUGUACUGGUCUGGUGAAAGUCAGUUCAUCUAUUCAGUAUCUUGGCAAGCUUAUUGUCUUGAAUCUGAAGGGCUGUUCUCGUUUGCAAACUCUGCCUGCCAUGGUUAAUUUAAAAUCCCUAGAAGUUCUUAAUCUGUCUGGGUGCUCAGAGCUCGAGAAUAUCCAGGAUUUCUCAGAAAAUAUAAGAGAGAUAUAUCUCUCUGGGACUGCAAUAAGAGAAGUUCCUUCAUCGAUCGAGAAUCUCAGCAAACUUGCUAUACUAGAUUUAGAAAAUUGCAAAAGGCUUCAGCACCUGCCGAUGGGAGUGAGUUACUUGAAAUCGCUUGGGACCCUUAAGCUGUCUGGCUGCUCAAAUCUGGUGGGCCUUCAAAAUCUUGAUGCAUUAUAUCUAAGAUGCUUGCAACAUCUCGAUGCAACAAAGACGACAACCAUGGAAGAAUCCUCACAUCUGUUUUCACAUCACUCUGCUAUUAAAGAAUCAAAGUUGGAUGGGUCACAAUUCUUUCAGAACUCUUUCGCUCUGCAGUUCAGAUCAGAUACUGCCAAUACAUAUUUGACUUACGGUGCUGGGGAAGAACAUGUAGCAGCAUUCAAAUAUUCAUCAAUCCAAGAAUCUUCUUAUUUGACAUUGUACAGUCUUGGAAGGCUGCCCUCAUCAAUCUUGUACUCAUUGGCAUUAAGACUGUAUGCCCUAGCGUGUUUGUCCCUGCCUAACGCAUGCCUGCUGGACAUACCUGCAGAUAUAUUCUGUCUACCUUCACUAAGAAAAUUGGAUCUUAGUGGGAACGGUUUUAGCCAACUUCCUGAAAGCAUCAAACAGUUUUCCAAACUAGAAGUCCUUUUGUUAAGCUAUUGCAAAAACCUUACAGCUCUUCCAUCAGAGCUUCCUCAAAGCCUUGAAAUCUUGGAUGUGCAUGGUUGUACGUCUCUGGAGUCAUUUCCGUCGUACUUGCUGCCUUCAAUAUGGAUUUUGGAUCUCAGUGGAAACGGUUUCAGCAGACUUCCUGAGAGCAUCAAGGAGUUUUCCAAACUAGAAGUCCUUUUGUUACGCGAUUGCAAAAACCUUACAGCUCUUCCAUCAGAGCUUCCUCAAAGCCUUGAAACCUUGGAUGUGCAUGGUUGUACGUCUCUGGAGUCAUUUCCGUCGUACUUGCUGCCUUCACUAUGGAAAUUGGAUCUCAGUGGAAACGGUUUCAGCAGACUUCCUGAAAGCAUCAAGGAGUUUUCCAAACUAGAAGUCCUUUUGUUACGCGAUUGCAAAAACCUUACAGCUCUUCCAUCAGAGCUUCCUCAAAGCCUUGAAACCUUGGAUGUGCAUGGUUGUACGUCUCUGGAGUCAUUUCCGUCGUACUUGCUGCCUUCACUAUGGAAAUUGGAUCUCAGUGGAAACGGUUUCAGCAGACUUCCUGAAAGCAUCAAGGAGUUUUCCAAACUAGAAGUCCUUUUGUUACGCGAUUGCAAAAACCUUACAGCUCUUCCAUCAGAGCUUCCUCAAAGCCUUGAAACCUUGGAUGCGCAUGGUUGUACGUCUCUGGAGUCUAUUACAUGGUGUUUCGAACGGAUUCCUAGACAAUGCCUACUCAGUAAUUGCUUUGCUCUAUCUCCGGCUGUGGUAAAAGACCUUGCAGCAAAAGCUCUGGCUGGUUUUGAGCACAUGGAAUUGUUUGGAGCACAACCUGGAUUCAACGUAUGUCUGCCCACUUCUGUAGGAGAAAUCCCCACAAUGCGUAUCUCUACAGAUCCUUGGAUAACAAUGCAGCUAGCAUCUCAGAGAGAGAAGCAGCUCGUGGGCUUUGUUUUGUCAGUUGUUGUGGCGUUUUCGGACAAUAACUCCAGAGACGAUGGUUUUGGCGUUAGGUGCAUAGGCAGUUGGAGAGCCAGAAAAGGGUCCUGCCACCGCAGUGUGAGAAUCUUCUGGUUUUGGAAACAGUGGGAAGUCGCACCGAAGCUUCGACAUGACCACACGUUUGUCUUCUAUCAACAUGUAAUGCAUCCGGCCGGUGGCAAAAAGUAUGAUGAAGUUGAAUUUGAGUUCUAUCCUGUAAAAGGGAGGGGUAUGCGUCCACACGAUAGCUGCACGGUGAAGCAAUGCGGAGCCUAUGAUGUCAAUGCUCUGAUUGACAAGCAGAGCCCGUUUCCGUGGAAAGAGGGGAGUGUUGCCUCAAAGGAAGGGAAGCUUGUGAAGCAGAUGGCUUCUAAACCCAAGUAUCCUCAGGAAUCUCCUCCUCUGAACCCCGUGACUCCUCAUAAAUGACCAUACCCGUCGCAUCCUGCCUCCCUUUGAACCCGAGAUACAUACAUAUGUGUGUGUAUAGUCAAUAAUCUGUCAUAUUACGUAGUCAUCAAUCUCUAUACCUUACCAAUACUGAAAAUUUGACUUUUUCACGUUUACAUUCUCGGGUUUCUACCUUCUUGAUCGAGUUUUUGAA